AUGGAGGUCAUCACUUUGUUAAAGGAGCUCAAAGAAUUAUCUACAAAGCCAGUCUCAUCUUCUCAACUAUCUUCGGAUUUUCUGUUGCAAAAUUUUUCUCAAUUCGAAGAUAUACAUCUCAAAGAAUUGGCUACUCUAUCUCUCAUAUCCAGCCUUCUUCCAACCACAAAUUCCCUGCCUGUUUAUACAGGGGUGCAAGGGGGAGAAAGGAAGGGUGAAGAUACGAAGGUUGGUGGUGAUGAUGCGAAUGUGCUAGGAAAUGUAUUUUCUUCAAAGAUCCCUACUACGAAGCCAAUCAUAGCAAAUGGUGGUCUGAUUACUUCGACAGUGGUAACAACUGUGCCAAUUACAAAACCAAUUUUGAAAGGUAUUGAGAUUGGUAAAUCUACUGAUGUUGGUGGAAGUGGUUUGAAAAUGAAAGAAGUAAUAUUAUGUUCAACUUUGAAAGCUAGAGGAAAAACUAUUUUGGUGGAGAAGUCAAAUGUGAUCCAUCAAAGCAUUAUAACUAUGAAACAAUCGAAGCCAAGGUUGCAUUCAAUCAUAUGUAUUCAUUCAAAAAGAAGCCAAAACAGAGCUACAUAG